AUGUCAACACGUUCAAUCUCUCAUCAGACUCUUCCAGAUGUCCACCAUAUGUCGCACUCCGGCAUCGGCCUUCCGCAAGCUUUGGAAGAAAAUGAAGGGACAAGCAUGAAUGUGAACUCAGUCGAUCACCACAAUAUCGGAUCAGACCUUUCGACCAAUUUCCACGGUCUCCUUGACAGCCCUGAUAUGAUGGGCGGCAACAUUGAGAAUUUUGACAUGUUCUUUGAUAAUUUCCCCGAUAUCAACGUUCCCAGGUCUGCCGGUGAUCAAUCAUUCUGGGAUUUUGAGAUGCUCGACUCCUGA